AUGAAAGUCGUUCUAUGGAUUAUUUUGCUGACCAUAGCAUCUUCUCAGUGUCUGCAUCCCUACCCGAAGAUAAGCGUGAAAAAAAGAGCCCUCGGAGAUUGUGGUGAGCCUCUGUUACUAACACCACAUAUUGAAAAUAGUCAAAUAGCCCAAGCCAAGCAGUUAGCACGAGUUCCAAUCACAGAUGACUUGGGCAUCGAGAGUUAUUCCGGUUUUUUCACGGUAAACAAAACGUUCGACUCAAAUCAAUUUUUCUGGUACUUCCCAAGUAUGUCUAGAGAUAGGGAUACAGCGCCUAUACUUUUAUGGCUGCAGGGUGGCCCCGGAGGUUCGUCCAUGUUCGGUCUUUUCACGGAAAAUGGACCUUUGCGAGUAAGGAAUGGCAGUUUUGAGCGCAGAGAAUACCAUUGGGCGUUGAAUCACCAUCUCAUUUACAUCGACAAUCCCGUUGGUGCAGGAUUCAGCUUCACCAACCACGAAGAAGGAUAUCUCUCUGAUGAGAUACAACUUGGUGAACAGCUCUACUCUACCCUGAUUCAGUUCUUCAAGCUGUUUCCAGAGCUACAGCAAAAUGAGUUCUUUAUUAGCGGGGAGUCUUAUGCUGGAAAGUACGUCCCGGCUCUGGGCUACACUAUCCAUAAGAAAAAUCCUACAGCGGAUAGCAAAAUAAACCUGAAAGGAUUAGCCAUCGGCAAUGGUUUAACUGAUCCUGUGAACCAGGUUGUCCUUUACAGCGAUUAUUUGUAUCAAAUUGGGCUCGUCGAUUUGAACGAGCGGACAACACUUGAGGGAUACGAGGACAAACUUAAACAGCAUAUAGAAAACAAUGAAUGGAACGAAGCUUCUGAUGUAUUUAAUACGCUUGUUGGGAGAGAUAUGAUUGAAGGCAAAAGCUACUUAACCAAUGUGACAGGUUUCAAUUCUUGGUUCAACUACUUACAUACUGAGGACUAUAGUGACGGUGACGACUUUUCUACCAUGUUGCAAAACAGCACUGUUCGGAGAGGCAUUCACGUGGGACAAGCAUCCUACAACGGCUCUUCAACGAUAGUGGAGCUACGUUUCAAAGAAGAUAUGAUGCAGUCGGUCGCUCCGUGGUUAUCUGAACUGCUAAGUUACUACGACUGUCUUAUUUAUGCCGGGCAGAUGGACAUUAUACUACCUUAUCCUUUCACAGUGAAUUACUUGCGGAAACUUAAGUUUGAUGGUUCAGAGGAGUAUAAAACUGCUGAGCGUAAUUUUUGGAAAGUGGACGGAGAGCUGGCGGGGUACGUGAAGCGAGGCGGGAGGCUGGUGGAGGCCCUCGUGAGGAACUCGGGUCACAUGGUGCCCAUGGACCAGCCGAAGUGGGCCUGGGAUCUGAUUACACGGUUUACACACCACAUGUCCUAUUUGACUUGAAGUUGAGUAAGCUACUUAUUCUGUCACUGACAUUUGUUAUUUGGUUUGUAAGUGCCUAAUAAAAUCCAGUUAAUAAUUCUUUACCUUUCGAACCGGAUCACCAACAUAAAUAAUGUCUACUAAAACACACUUUUUAAUAAGUAAACAAAUUAUAAUAACAUUUACCUGCUGUCAAAGGUAAGUUACUUACUAAAUAAUCAUAAAUAUUACCUUAAUCUUUUACAAUAUGUACGCGUGUUAUUUCGGUUAUCAUGUUGUAAGUCGAGAUGAUGCAUCUGCUAUUCGGUUUUCGGCCGAGCCCGAGAGAUGGGACCGAAUAUUGGGUAGGUAUUCGGCCAAAACCACAAAUACUUAGUGGCAUUUCUAGUUACAAGUUUUUGUUUAUAAUAAGGUUUUUGAUUUGUUAGAGAACUAUAAAAAAAGAAACAUUUUUCACUAAUCAAGAACGAUAUUAUCGAUUUCCAGAAGUACGUACCUAUACCUACCUAUUCCUAUAGAAUUUUCAAUAUAGGAAAAGUACAGUAGACUGAUUACACGUGCAGAUCAUAAAUUGUAAAAUGUCAUAUUCAAAACAUACCUGAUAGACAGGUAUAACUUUUACAACAGCUAUACAGGGUG